UCCCUCUUCUGAGUAAAGGUCCUGGGACUGCCUCGGAGUUCAACGGAGAUGGUGUUGUGGAAGAAUGUCAACUUACUAUAAAUAAGACAUUCAAUGGGACCGAGAUGUUUGUAUCAGAAAACAAGGAGACUGCAUCUGAAGAUGUAGACAACUUCUACAACUUUGUUGAUACACAGAUGGGACCAUGAAGUGCAAAUGCGGAACCAAGGGUUUGGUAUUAAGUCCUUUCCAACUUUUGCGUGUAAAGUUUGAUAAUAUGCUUUUGUGUAUUAGCACUGAUUUUUACUAAUGCUAAAACUGUUGUACUAUUUUUAAUAACUGAUUGAACACUCCAUCAUUUUAAUAACUCAUCGAAUACUGCAACUAUCAAAAUAGUUAAAUAUUAAAUAGUUUACUUAAAUAGCUUUAAUCUACGUAACUAUUUAGCCUACUUUAAUAAGCUUACAGUUUUCUUUUGUUGCUUAUAAUAACUUAUUAGAAAAUAGAAGUGACUACCAGUUCAUGAUUUUAAUCCUAAUAAAAUGUCCUUUCAAAUCUCUAAUAAUUUAAACGUUCCAACUUUCCUCAGUGCUCCAUGAUAUCUGUGUGAGAAUACAUUUCAUUGCUCAUUUUAUCUUUUUUAAUUUAGAGGGAUUUGUUACUAUUUGAUCAAUUAGAAUGAACCUAUGCACAUUUUUUUCAUGCAUACAUAGCCAGU